GCUUCUUUUAUCAGCUUCUCUCUGUAUAUAACAAGACCCAUCAAAAUCUCAUCUUCUUCAUUAUCCAAAUUCACAACUCUCCAUUUUAACAAAACUUAAUAAAAUAAAGAGUUUUCUCCAUUCCAAAAAAAAAAAAAACAAAAAAGAUGAGUUCAACUAGCAAAGCAUGGUUGGUGGCAGCAAGCAUAGGAGCCUUGGAAGCGUCCAAGGAUCAAUUAGGCAUAUGCCGGUGGAACUACUUGAUCAGAUCUGUGAAUCAACGUAUCAAGAACAACGUGAGAUCCGCUUCUCAGGCGAACAGGUUCUCUUCUUCGUCGGCCACCGCUGCUGCCUCCGUUAAUGAUCACAAGGCCAAGCAAGCUGAGGAGUCUUUGAGGACGGUUAUGUACUUGAGCUGUUGGGGUCCUAACUAAUGGACCCAUCCUUGGAAAAUGUAACAAUGAUUCUGCUUGUACAUAAUAAUGUUGAUGAAUUCAAAUAGAUAAAUGAAAUUUUUGAUACAAUUAACAAUU